GGGUGCCCGCCCCCUGUCAAUCCGGGGCCGGGGCGGCAGAGCGAGGCCCCUCCCGAGCCAGGGCUCCGGACGCGGCGCCCGCAGCCGAGGGAGGUGCGGGCUGCAGCCCCAGCCGGAGUCAUGGCCUCCGAGGCGUGCUGCGGGGUGCUCCGCGGCUUCCUCUUCGAGUACGACACCCCCCGCAUCGUGCUGAUCAAGAGCCGCAAAGUGGGGCUGGUGAACCGGGCGGUGCAGCUGGCCAUCCUGGCCUACGUGAUCGGCUGGGUCUUUAUGUGGGAAAAGGGCUACCAGGAAACGGACUCUGUGGUCAGUUCUGUUACAACCAAGGUGAAGGGAAUAACUGUGACAAACACGUCGGAGUUGGGACUCCGGAUCUGGGAUGUGACUGAUUAUGUUAUUCCACCUCAGGGGGAGAAUAUGUUGUUCAUCAUGACAAACCUGAUAAUCACACUGAAUCAGACACAAGGCUAUUGUCCUGAGCUUCCAGAUAAGACAACUGUGUGUAAUUCCAGUAAGGACUGUUCUGCAGGAUACAUAGGCACCCACAGCAAUGGAGUUCAGACUGGGAAGUGUAGGGAAUACGCCACCUCUGUGAAAACCUGUGAGAUAUAUGCAUGGUGUCCCGUGGAGAAUGACACACAUUUACCUAAGCCGGCUUUCCUAAAGGAUGCUGAGAAGUUCACCAUUUUGGUGAAGAACAAUAUCUGGUUUCCCAAGUUCAACUUCACCAGGCGAAAUAUUCUGCCCUCUGUCAGUACCACUUACCUCAAGACCUGCAUUUACGACCCUAAAAUGGAUCCCUUCUGCCCAAUCUUCCGAGUCCGUCAAAUAGUUGAAGCUGCAGGGCAGAAUUUUCAAGAGAUGGCUGUUGAGGGUGGAGUAAUGGGGGUGCAGAUCAACUGGAACUGUGACCUUGACAAACCUGCUUCUUACUGUGUGCCAAAAUACACCUUCCGUCGCCUUGACAACAAGGAUGCCAACCACAGGGUCUCACCUGGAUAUAAUUUCAGGUUUGCAAAAUACUACAAGGACGCAAGCGGCACUGACUCGCGGACACUAAUUAAGGCUUACGGCAUCCGUUUUGAGAUCAUGGUGUUCGGAAAGGCAGGAAAAUUUGAUAUAAUUCCUACAAUGAUUAACAUUGGCUCUGGGCUAGCACUGUUUGGAGUGGCAACAGUCCUAUGUGACAUCAUGGUUCUGUACUUCCUGAAGAAGAGAGAUUACUACAGAGAGAAGAAAUACAAAUACGUAGAAGAUUAUGAACAGGGAUUCAGUGAGACUUAUAGAACGCAAUCAUGACAGUGGUGGUGCUGCAGUAUCAGCUGCCCAACAUGAAGUGCUGCUGUGAAUGAUGUUCUGCUUCAUGGAAAGACAGUAAUAUGAUGCUGCAGGCUCCCCUUCCUGGAACUGGGUUAAUUGUGCCGCAUUCUCCAAGUGGAAAGAGAAAGUUCCCUCAUUACUUUAUGGUUGACGAACAGUGCAUUCUUAUUCCGUGUCACUGAUAAACUAGGGAAAGUUUUGAAGUUGUUACUGGUUGUUUGAAUUCUGGCCACAGUAAACAAAUGUACAGAUCAGGACUUGUAUGCCAAGCUUUCAGGGAAAGUGUCUCAAGAGACUUAAUAGCUGAGUAAGUUUCCCCUUCCCCCUUACUUCUAGAGACUAACUUCCUAUAUUCCCAUAUCCUCUAGAAAGCCCCCUAGAGGGGCCAGUCAGCCAGAGCCUACCUCUUUGGUAGGGGCAUAGGCAUUUGGGUCAGGAUGAGAGGGUUGAGAUGAGUGACAUUAAGUGGGGGAAGGGUAGCUGCCCUCACUAGAGGUUAUUUGUUGGUGGGAGAGCCAGGCCCCUCUUUGCUGUGGUGAUCCUGGUCGCUAAUCUUCCCCUCAGGCCUGGAGAGCAUCUAGCUACAGCGUGAUGGCAAUAAAAUGCAUUUCCUUCCUGUGAGGGCAAGUCAACAGGUUACCCCCUCAUCUAUCUGAGCUUCAGGAGCCUAGAGUAGGAGAUGAAGCUCUCUCUGCGUCUCCUGCAUUCGAGUAAGUGGCUGAUGCAUUUAUAAAGAGGCUUCUUCUUUUCUGGUCCUCUUAAAAUUCAGUGUUUGUAAGGAAGGAAAAGGAUGACAAUGCUGACAGCACUUUACAAUGAGUGGAGAGGCCAAUAUUCUAAACACACAAAUUAUACUGAAUAAACUUUCUUCUAAGUGA